AUGGUAUGUCCGACAAAAAAUAGUUCAGUAGAAACAGUAUUGAUAAAUGAAGAUAGUGUAAGUGAUGAAGCAUUAAGUUUACAGGUGGUUAAUGAAGAAGAUCAUCACCAUGGUACUGAGGUAAGUGCGUCUCAAAAAAGGCACGAACAACCAGUGCUUCUGAAAUGAAUGUGCACGAUCACCCAUAUUGUUUACAGUCACCUUGUAGAAUGAGAAGGCAAGUUGAUGAUCUUACAGAUAAAGUUGAAAAUCUACAGAAGAAAUUGAGAAUAGACCAGCAGAAAACAAGGAGGAGGAAUAAGAAGGUUAGCACGUUGACUGCAGUGGUAAGUGAAUUGAGAGAAAAAAAUCUAAUCAAUAGUGAUUGUGCGACUAUUCUAGAAUCAACUUUUUCUGGAGUUCCAAAGGAACGAAUGGAGAGGUUGGUGACACAAAAGAAAAAGAAAAAUCUCGGGGUGUAUCCACCUGAGCUAAGGUCAUUUGCCCUGACCUUGAAAUUUUAUUCAACUAAAGCGUAUAACUAUGUGCAAAAUAAAGUUUUGAUUUAGGGCUGCCACAUGUAAACGUGAUUCGGCCAUGGUAUAGUUCCACGAAUGGCGACCCAGGUUUUACAAAGGAUGCACUGACAGCAUUGAAAGCCAAAGUUAUAGCUGCAAAAAGAGAUAACCACGAAGUUGUUUGUGCACUAAUGCUCGAUGAAAUGGCCAUACGCAAGCAUGUUGAAUGGGACGGCAAGCAGUUUCGCAGUUAUGUUGAUCUUGGCACAGGCAUCAAUGAUGACUCUCUGGCCGAAGCAACAGAUGCUCUUGUUUUUAUGGCAGGCUCGGUGAACUCCGAUUGGAAAGUACCAUGCGGAUAUUUUCUAGUAAGGGUCUUACUGGAGAGGAGAAAGCCAACUUAA